GCAGACCAUUAUACCCACUAUAAUUUAUUACCCCAUGUCCUUUCAGAGUCCUCUGGAGCUUUGUGUAAACAUAACCGAUUAUGACACAUUUGCCGAAAAUGAUACUGUGGAUGAGAUAACUAUUCCUUUGAGUGGACAAUUGAAAGCAGAUUCACAGUUUGGUCCCACAAACACUUACUCCGGAUCAUGUGGAAGGGCAAACCUGGCUGUCAAGUUUCGCCUCACAUCCCUGUGCCCUACCAAUCAAUACGGGCCACAGUGUGAUAAGGAGUGCAUCGAAGAGCCUCAACAAACACUGUGCAACUACCUCGGAGAGUCUGUGGAUCUCUGUCCGAAAGAUAACAGUACAGACUGUCACUGCUACGGAAACUUCUUAGAACCUGAUUGUACACUCUGUGAUGUGAACUAUUAUCCAACUGGCGAAUGUAACACUCUCUGCAUCCCACAGAAUAACUCUCUCGGCAACUACCGGUGUGACCGUGUGAGUGGUGACAAAAUAUGCCUUGAAGGUUACAAAGAUCCUUCAACUUUCUGUGUGAAUAAAGAAAAUAAUGAUAGUCAAGGGUCAAGUUCAAGAACUGGGGCUAUUUCAGCUACUGGAAUUACUGUGAUAGUCAUCAUUGUUUGUUGUUUUAUCUGUUUCACAAGCACAAGUAAAAAGAAAAGACAACGCACUGUCGUAGUACCCAUUCGAACUCUGAACCACACUAGCCAGCCUGUCCUUCAUGGAAACCCAGAUGUUCCAACUGAGGAAGGAAGCAGUUGUUGUUGUUUUUGCGAUUAAGUUGUGAUUCUGUUUCGUGUAUUAGUGUUAGUGUUAUCCGGUAUAAUAGUUUAUUGUUGUCAAGACACACUUGUGUAGCGGAACUCGCGGGUUGUCAUGAUUUCCACACAUGCAUCAAGGCGCUCGCAAGUGAGUCAUGUUUGAUGUGCAUGUGAUGUUCAGCAGC